CCGGUCUCCUGGCCUUUGGCUAUGGGUUUGCGUUCAACAUGAUACCUGUCCGCUGCCUCAUCGCCUAGAUAGGUAUGCCGUCCACAUAUCUGGAAUGACGAAGAGGUCGUGGCAGGUCACAGUUGGAAAGUAUAGGUCCAGAACCUUCGACAAAUGGUCAGCAACGAAUGGCUUGGCACUCUCCGUUCAUGGCAUACAGGAUACAGCGUAUUCCUGAGCUGACCAGCAAGUCACCUCAGGCCUGGAUUUUGACCCAAUGAUAGGUACAGAUAAGACGAACCCCCUUCAUGUAGACAGCGGAACAUCGUACCGCAGCCACGUGCCGGGUGAUCCAUCAUUGGCGGCAUCCGAGUCGUUCUCUGCUCAGGAACGACAACAAGGAGUUCUCUCGUCUAUCGUUCAAGCAUCAAGUCAUAAUGCCCUCGUCCCAGAAAUAAGAGAGAACGCUCGAGAGCGGUCGAUGGGCUCUCACAGCCACCUACAAGACAAUACUUGGCCUUGGCACGCGGCUCUCUAGCCCU